GAUUUAUUUUACAAUAUGCUAACUCAAAUCUACAGAAGUGUAUCCAUACUUGUACUAGGGCGCGUUUUCCUCUUCACGAGUGGCUCUCUCGCUCCUCCUAGUGGCUUUGAAAUUGUACGGAAUUCCCAACCCUGACAUCAGCUACUGCGCAUGCGUGGACGAAAACUCCAUGAUUUUUUUUUUGGCACGGGAUCCUAAGGAAAAAUAGGAACUUGGAAACGAAGAUAAACUAAAAGCACCAUCACACAGGCAUAAUCAGCCCCUCGCUCGCAUAUGCACACAGUAAAGACGCUUAGGAGUGCGCUGAACCUUUGAAUGAAGCGAUCGCACGCUCCGCGGCCGAGCAGGAUUCACGCGAAAUUGGACGACAAUGCACGGGGCGCAAUAAAACCAAGCGUUAUUGCUCUUUGUUUUUAAGCAGGACGGCUCGGAUGGAUGAAGACGCGGGGAAGUGGCUAAAAAUCACACGGCGUUAAUAACAGCUCCCGCAACGGCGACAUUUGCAACUCAAGUCCAUCGAGACGCUUGUUCUGUCUUUCGCCUGUGUUGUGCAGCGCGCCGAAGAAGCAGGAAACUUCGUAAACAGAGAGGUUGUCAGCUUGUGGAGAGUUCCAUAGAAGCAUCCCAGUCCAUUUGAGAGGACCGCAGAGGAUUGUGUGUCAAGAUGGAUUUGUUGUACUGUUGCGUUGUGCUUCGUUAAUGCUACGUAUAUAUGUCCUCCAAAGGGUGUAUUUCACGAAUGGUGCUGACCAAGGCUGUAUAAAAAUGAAAAGGAGCUGGAUGUGUGUGAGCAGAAAAUGACGGGGGGCAGUGAGAGUGCAGCAGGAGAAAAAGAUGGAGGUACGGCGCUCAUCGCUCAGAUCCCGGUUGGCUGGCAAAGGAAAGUGGAAGAUGGGGUUGUGUCUUACAUCAGCCCGAGUGGUACAAUCCUUCGAUCUGUGGAUGAGGUGAGGGUGUAUCUGCGGACAGACGGCACAUGUAAGUGUGGUCUCGAGUGCCCGCUUGUCCCAAAUAAGGUCUUUAAUUUUGACCCUGCUGCGAUGGUCCAAGCUCCUGGUCAUCAUUCGAGUAAAAUAGAGGAAGACAUGACCAAACUCUGUAACCAUCGCAGGAAAGUUGAUGCCAUGGCGGCAUUAUGCCAAAGCAUGCAGCCCUCCCAACUCUCCCCGCCGGCUCAAGCCACAGGUGUUGUAUGCUCAGUGGACGGCAGAGAGCUGAGAGGAUCGAUGGUGGCUCAUGGAGACGGCGCCCACUGCACUUACCCUCAGCCUAGACACAACCAGCCCAAAUCCAAUAUUGGCUUUCCUCUGUCCUAUUCUCGCUCUGUUCUGCAAAACGGUUCUGUUAACCUCACCCCUAUUUCACGACCUCCAGAACAGGGUUCACCUUUAAAGAAGCCCCCAACGCCAGUGGGCUGUGUGCCUGCUUAUGCGAAACAGCAGUGGAGCCCUCAUCCACCGCUCUCCCAAAACAUCCCCCAAAGGACAGUGCAUAACCCUGCUUCUCCAAGCAAUGCAAAACCAAGUGUACACACACAUGUGCAUCCCCCAGACCCUUCCAACUCCUUUUCCUUAUCCCCCUCUUCAUCCGUAGCUCUGAGUGGUCGAGCAGCUCCGCCACAUUCACAGGGAGUGAGUGUUAAGUCUCCCCCUCCUCUGUCACCCUCACGUACCCUAGACACUUUCUCACCCCACCAACGCUCUCGCCACUCCUCGACAUCCUCGCUCUCAGAGCACGGGGCCCCAGGGUCUGUCUUCAUCCAGGGGGUCAAACCGUUGCAGGCCACCAUGCCGUGCUCUUCUCCCAAGCUUCCUCUUGCGCCUUCCAGCCCGUGUAGUCGCUUGGAGGGCAUUCUGCAGCACUAUAAAGACUGUAGUACCUCCAACAUCAGCUCCAAUGCUAACCAAAGCAACCAUCAGGUGUCACAAGCCUUGUCGCUGGCACAUCCCAACAUAGGUGACAAGAGGAACGGAUUGAGUUCUUCUCAAGCCCCAGAACUGCUCGGCCUUCCACUAGGACAGAUUCUCAACCAACAGAAGAUCCAGCAAAAGAGCCACAUAAAUAACUCUUUCCCUGCCAGCAGCCUCCUUUCUGCCGCCGCUAAAGCCCAGCUGGCCAACCAGAAAGCCCCAGGCCAGCUCAGUGCAGCCGAUGCGCUGGCCGCACUCCCUCUUAGUGGCCUGGACAAGGAGCAGCAGUCAAAGGUAUUGAUUAGCACUUUAAACAGUAGCGUCCACCCCACUUCCGCCAGAGCCCAGUCCCUCACUGCCCUGUUGCUUCCGCACUCCCCUUCCCUUUCCCCGGCUUCCCCUGCUGUUGCUGAGAAAAACUUGCGCCGCAAACGGCAGAGGCAUUCGCCCACCGUUUUGAGCAUGCUGAAAGACUCGCAGUUGGGUCGGACUGCAGGAGAUCUAUCCGGGCCUCCGCUGCUCAUCUCCCCAUGCCUUUCGCCACCUUCUCCUCCUGUACCUCACUCAGACAACCACCGGCUGUCUGCCGCUCCUCUGAAUGCCUCCUUCUCGAACAAUGCUCUUAGGUUGCAGGAUUCGGAGGAAGGCAGGAAGCCUGGACUUGCUAAUUCUCUCCCGCUUUCCUCCCCAUCUCCUUCCCAGCCCCUUUCCGCCUUGCUUCAGCUUCUUAGCAUGCAGAGCGCAACCCAGCAGUCCAGCGUCGCCACUGCCAUGCCUAGCAACAGGCACACGAACACGCUGCCCUCUUCACCCAGACCCAUCACUCCACAGACACCCCACUGCGAAGGACAGUCCACAUUACGUGUACACAACCCCACCCCACAACUUCAAGCCCAAAGCACAGUGCCCAUGCCCGAAACUCCUGCCCAGCAGCCCCAAUCCCAACCCUUUACUUUGAUGGGUGACGAAACAACCAUGAACCUCAAAACAACCUCCAGCAACACCAUCCUGAACUUGAGCCAGCCCCAUACGGGCACGACGCCGGACCUCAGCAGUUCAAUUCUGAGCAUGAUGAACCAGAUGUCCUCAACCUCCUGCUUGCCCCCGUUCCCGGAGAAAAGUUGUGGGUCCAAAACGACAGAGACUUGUCCUGACCACAAUACCUACCAAAUUAACCAGUCAAAUCACAAUCAAGCUGUGGAAAGUAAAGGUCCUGUAGAGACGAUGGAUCAGGCUGACUCGGACCCAAGAUUGCUGGGUGGCUGUGAGCCCGACCACAGCCUCUCUCUAUCCGCUGCCCCGUCUUCCGAUCUUUCUAACCCCGCUGUUUCCCUACCGCUAGCAGAGGCUUUUCCCUUCAUGACCCAAGAACAGCUCCUCCAGCUUCUCUCCUCCAAUGCCGGUCUGCCCUCCCUGCUGCCACCCUUCCUUGGCUCCCUGCCUUUAGGGGUCUGGACGGGCGGCACCCAAGCCCAGCAACCACAGCCAACCGGCACCAUCCUGAACCAGGGCUCUCCUCUCAACAUCCUAAACCAGGGCGAGCUUCCUCUCAACCUGGUGAGCCUGUUAAAUCCACCAGGCUCGGCUUCAGCCCUGCCCCCUGUUGCAGGGGUGGAAGGCGGUGAAAAGCCCCCUGGGCUUCAAGCCCUACUCAUGGCUUCUUUGCUGCUCGGGCAGAAUCCAGCUGCCAUGUUGCCCUUGCCAGCACUCAACCUGGAGCUUCCUACGCCACAGCAGCAGGUCUUUGCUGACGGAGUAUCUCUGGAGAAAACCCCUGCUCUGCUGGACUCUGUCCUGAUGGGGCCGGGGCUCCUGGAGGCUCUUCAAUCUCUAGCGCCCAGCGCAGACGGCCAGUCGCUUCUUCUUUCCGCGCCGCUAACUCCACCCCCUCCCGCCUUCCUGUCCCUCAACCCCGCUCUGCUGGCCGCAGCUCUCGCCCAGACCGAACCCCUUCCCAACCACACGCCAUCCCCCCCGCCUCAUUCUCAGGGGACUCUGUCCAGCCCUGCUCUAGUUUCUACCUCGGUGUCCUGCGGUCCUGUGGUCUCCACCUCGGGGCCGGAAGUGUGUGACCCCCUGGCCGAGCAGGACAAGAACAACGGCCAGACACCUCACUUCCUGCCGCAUCUACUCACCCCUGGGGUUCUUGGUGACCUCACAGCUCUGGGUAACAUCAACAGUCUUCAUAGUUUACUAGGAGCCGGACAUCUGCUGCUGCCGCAGGGCCCGUCUCUGGGCGUCCCGCUGCCACAGAACCAAACGGCUCUCAACCCGCUCACCUGUCUGCAGCUGACGAUGACGCCCGCGCUCAUGGGAGAGAAGCCAGUGAGUCUGCAUCAGACCCCUCCGUCACAAGAAGAGCUUCCGCCGGCUCAGAUAUCCCAGGAUUCCUUGCUCAACCCGGUCCAGACCCCUGCGCAGCAGAGAGAGGGCUCCGGCACGGGGCUGUUUGACCCGUACGGUUCCUUCAUGGACACCAUCUACACGUCCUUCCUGCAGGUGAGCGAGCGCGGUGCCGAGGGCGGCUCUGACUCCACGCCGCUGUCGUACCCCGAGCUGCCGCCCCUCCUUCAGCAAGCCAGCGCCCCGCCGUCCCUCAGCCCGCGCCGGGCGUGUUCGGUCCACAACCCGGACCUGUCCCGCCUCGGCAUGGAGAUGGCCCAGUCUCCGGCCCGCGGCACACCCAAACUCAGCGAGGACCCCUCGACGCCGCCGCCCUGCAGGCCGGCCGGAGCAGACGCUCUGUCAGACGCCCCGCUGCAUCCCGCCUUCAUGGAGGAAGCGAAGACCGAUGGGUCAGCCAAAGUGUGCCUCUAUAGCAACGGGAUCGGUUCGGGAACGGAUGGAAGAGGAGACAAUGACGAGGAGGAUGAGGCAGAUGAGGAGGAGGAUGGACGAAGGCCGCAGGGAUAUUUGAGUCCGGGUGAGAGGGCGGUCGAUGACAUCAGCAGCAGAGACACAGAGCAAGUGAGGACUGAAGACAUGCACACAGGAGCCAGAAGGGGGCGCAAGAGGAAACAGUCACUGCAGAGGGGUCCAGACCUGCCAGGCGGCAUAGACAGCAUCAUAGAGCAGCCCACUGCGACGAUACCGCUGUCGAGGCCGGCCCGCUCCACCAGAGGGAAGAGACGCCGCGUGGUCCGAUAGGUCCGACUAAACUUUACCACCAACACCAGCACUGUUGCCAUGGCAACACCAUCACAGCGUUCGACUGAGCCGCACUGUGAAGAGUCUCCCGUGAUCUCGCUCCUCCGUCACGUGUGUUUGUGUUUGUUCGACUUCUGUUACCGUUCAAACCAGAGCAACUUCACCGCUGUUACAUCUAACAUGAGAGGGUUUUACUAAUGAGAGCUAUUGUUAAAUUGUCGCAUGAAUGCAUCAGUUUAGGAAUAGUUAUUGUUCGUUUACCAGUUCUUUUAAUGAUUUUCUUUUAUUUGCUUCUUUUUGAUGACUGUGAUUGACAGCUCUGUCUGAACAUUCACUCCCAUCAGUCUUCAGAUGCACACAUGCGUGUCCAUGUUGUUGUUGUUGUCGUCAUCAUCAACAAAUUAGUGUCAUUUGAUAGCUUGUGUUCCAGAGCCAAAAUCCCUUCGUCUCUGGGAAUCUUUCCAGUCGACUGAUCAUUGCAUCACAAAUCUCAUCUUACCAUUUAACCCAUCAUGCACCUCAUGAACCGCUUUACAGCACCAGACGCAUUCAGCAGGAGUUUUGUCACACUGCAAAAAAAUUGUUUUCUUAUUUGGGAAUUUUAUCUUGUUUUCCGAUACAAAUAUCUAAACAUACUUAAAUCAAGAUACAUAUACUGAAGAAGCAAAAUAUACUAUAGAAACAAAAUAUUUAAGGUAGAAAAAAUAAUCAAAGUGAAGUGUUUACUAUAUGCAAAUAAACAUGACAUGAAAUAAUCAUGCUUAAAGCAAGAAAAAAAUAUUUGCCAAUAAAUGUAAACAUAAUUCAAAAGGAAAUCCCCAUUGGCAGAUUUUUCUUUUCUUCUGCAAAAACUUGCUUGAUUUUGAUAUUUUUUUUUAAUAUCUUCAGUCAUUUUGCUUCUCCAGUAAAUGCAUCUUGAUUUACAAAUGUUUAUAUAUUUGUGCUGGAAAACGAGACCGAAACACUGAGGAAGAACAUGUUUUUUUGUAGUGUUUUAUGCCGUCCUGCAGAGACACUGAAACUGAGACAUGUGGUUUGAGACGCCCAACGACACCCAGUUUCUCUCAUAACUCUGUUCUGUCUUUGCAGGGCAGUAUAUAUAUAUAUAUAUAUAUAUAUAUAUAUAUAUUUUGUAUGUGUAUACGUGUGUGUGUGUGUGUGUGUGUGUGUUACAGGAGGGAGUGAGUCUAGUGUAUUUGUAGGUUUGUAGGGGCUUUAGUCGUGGAUGGUGUCGCACAGGACUGUGUUACCCAGAGCUCAUCAACACAGGCACAAGAUUAUUACUGAAUAUUUAAAAUAAUGAUUUAAUAAUGUGGCUGAUUAUGCAAUUUUACUAUUGAAUUUAUGUAUAUAUGUACAGUUUUAGUAUUUUAUUUUGUACACCUUUUUUUAGGAAAAAAAUGAUCAAUUUGUAAAAUAUUUCUCCUGCAGAGAAACCUUUCCUUUCUCAUAUUCAUGUUUGAUUUGUAAAGAAAAUACUUUGAGAAUUGUGAACAAGUAGCAUUUCCUUUUUUAUUGGGAGUUGAUUUUUUUUUUUUUUUUUUAUUUAACAAAUUAAAAGGUUUUAAAUCAA